CCAAACGUCCGAUCUGGUAUUCGCGGCCCGGUGGGCAAGGCGCAAUCUCGUACCACGCACGUGGGAGUAUAUAUCUCUCGACCUUGCCGGCGGGUCUCAUCCUUGGUUUUGCGAGUGAACGACAGCAGUCGCGGUGCAAGUGAGCAAGGUACGAGGGGCGUCCGCUGUUUGACGCUCUUGAGGGGUAACCGGAAAUACAAUGUUCAAGGAGACGGAGGACGUCGUCUUGAUCGUGGCGGGCUUGUCGUCCGCCUUUGCGGUUGGCCUGUCCAGCCUUCUCAUACGCCGGCAUCUUAUUCAUUUCUCCCGCCCGGUGGUGCAGGGGAAAAUUAUCGGUAUCCUAUGGAUGGUGCCCAUCUAUGCCAUCGACUCGUUCGUUAGCCUUCGGUUCAGGAACACAGCUCCGUACGUCGACAUGCUACGAGACUGCUACGAAGGAUACGCGCUGUACCUCUUUCUGGCCCUCAUGGUUGGCUACCUCGGGGACGGGGACGAAUACAAGGUUGUCGAUAUCCUGGAGCAGUGCCCGUCGUCCAAACACGCCUGGCCUUUCGGGCUGGUUAUGAAGGGCCCCAUGCCGCACGGCCGUGAUUUCCUGCGCUUCGCCAAGUUUGGCACGUUGCAGUACAGCUGCGUCAAACCUCUGGCUGCUUUUGUGGCGCUAGUGCUGGCUCCGUUCGGGCUGUUCCAGGAGGGAGAUUUCAGCAUCUACGGGGGUUGGCUGUAUAUCUCGUUCGUGGUGAACCUGAGCGUCUGCUACGCGUUCUACUGCCUGGGUAUGUUCUACUACGUGCUCAAGACACCGCUCAAGCCGUUCGACCCCGUGCCGAAGUUCUUGUGCAUCAAGGCAGUUUUGUUCUUGUCCUUCUGGCAGGUGUGUGGUAUCGUGAUUGCCGGCUUGGUGAAGCUGAAUCUCAUUCACGAGAUGGGAGGCUGGACGACGAACAACGUGGAGAAGGGCAUUCAGGACUUGCUCGUCUGUGUUGAGAUGCUCGUGAUAGCGAUCGCGCACACCAGGGCCUUCUCCUGCAAACCUUACGAGGACGGCGCCCCGCGGCGUGACGGAGCGAGCCUGCUGGAAGCCCACUUCGCUCACCAUAGCGCUAUCAGGGAUUUCAAUGAGGUCAUGCCCGUCCUCAUUCCGUCUAGCUUCCGACCGGGCCCGGCGAGGUCCUCGGUACGAAUACCCGUGGGCGAGAGGGGGGGCGUGGCGACGUGGAGAGCGUCGGACGGGGCCGUGAGCUCGCUUUUCAUGCCGAAAGAGCGAAGGUCGACCGAUGGGGGUGAGCAGGGGGAAGGGGGCGAGGGUAGGGAAACGGACCGAAGGUUGGAGCUGGAGGACCUCGAUUCGUUGCGGCAGAGCCUGCUGUCGGCGGAAGACGGGGAGGAGGACGUGCGGGUGGAAGCGGGGGGGGAGAAGGAGAAGCGGGACGAUGUAUCGGGGGAUCGAUGACCCCUGGAAAAUGGGGGAGGGACUUGACGCGGUAUGUUGGUUGUGCCGUUGGCUUCUCGUACGCGUAAUCAUCAUCGAAUGCGCUUCCUUGUCUGUUCGCCCGUGGGGUGUCUGGUGUACCGUCGGGGCGGUGGGUGUUGGUGGUUCUAGAUGCGCCGCGACAUUCCGAGACAGACCGGUGUUUGUUGCAAUCUUUUUAGUGUGUUGUGUUCUGGUUGCGCGGUCUGUGCAACAGGCGCUUGUCGUCGGACGGCCGGUUCAAGCGGUAGAUUCUACCAUUGCGUGGAAGGUGUUGGUGUUGGUGCUUGUGUUUAGAGGAGGCGUGUCGGAACUGCUGAAGUUGAUGUUGUCGCAGAGCGGGCCGAAAUCCCGUAUUGAUUGCGGGGACCGGGGUACAUUCAAGCUAUCCCGGGGAGGGCUUAGCGCGCCACUACUGCUGUGGGAGCAGUAGAGGUAUGUUGAUAGGUUGAACACGUGGGCGGUGUUUGUUGAUACCGGAGAAACCUAAAGAGGAGGAGGAGGAGGAGAAGAAACAGCGAAUUGGACAAAGAAGGGGUGGGCGUGGUGAGAUGGCGAAUUGAUUGCGUGGUGUCUCUGAUGGCCUCCGUUUGUUCUCGAGCUCGUCUGCUGCCGCAGAGGUGACGCGUCUCUUCGCCACGAAAAUAACGGGAUGAGACUAGCAGUGACCGGGACAACGGGAUUAGUGACCGGAAGUUUCAUAGUUAUCGUUUUGCGAUUGAGGUCCGAAUGUUGUCCCCGUCCCCGUUAGUAGUCCUGGGCACUCGUGCCGGUAGCCAGGCGGUCAUUGCAUUUGCUUGGUGCGUAUCUUUAUGUGCGGGUUAGACCACGCGGGAAAGUAGUUUACGACAUGUGUUUGUUUUAGUGAACGCCACAACAAACAACGCGUCAGGGGCAGCAGAGGACACCGCAGUCCGUUUGUUGCCGGUCUGUGCCACAAAGAGCUGCCAGUGUGAUGUGCUCUAUGCUUCGAGAGCGGAACAGGAGAGCACACAACAGGGGCUACAGCAGCAGCUCCUCCUGAACGCGCGAAGCAGCAACGAUUCACAUGUCGAGUCUUCACGCCUUGGAUGCAAGAGGAGUCUUUCCCGCUUCCGUUCUCAAGCCUGGAGCAACAGAAGUGCGAGCUUGGUA